UUCUUGGUCCUCUCUUCCUCAGGUAUGGCGUUAACAGUGGAUGUGGUGGGGCCAGCGCCCUGGGGCUUCCGCAUUACCGGAGGCAGGGAUUUCCACACACCCAUCAGGGUGACCAAGGUGACUGAACGGGGCAAGGCUGAAGCUGCUGACCUCCGACCUGGCGAUAUUAUCGUGGCCAUUAAUGGGGAGAGUGCGGAGGGCAUGCUUCACACUGAGGCCCAGAGCAAGAUCCGCCAGAGCCCCUCGCCCCUGCGACUGCAACUGGACCGGUCCCAGGCUGUCUCUCCCAGGCAGAGCAAUGGGGAAAGCUCCUUGGAACUGCUGGCCACUCGCUUCCAGGGCUCUGUGAGAACUGAUAGUCAGUCCUCCCUGCGCUCCUCCCGUUCCAGCCCGGCCUCCCUGGGUUCCAGGCCUGGCAGCCCCUUCUCCACUCUGCCCUCCGCUAGCUCAUAUACCCCUGCAGGAGAGGCAGUGGUCAACCGUAGUUUCCAGAGCCUGGCAUGCUCCCCAGGACUCUCUGCAGACCGCUUGUCCUAUGGGGUCCACCCUGGAAGCCGACAGGCUGGCCUCAGCCAUGCGGGCGAUUCGCCUGUGCUGGUGCUGCCACAUCAUUCUCCCGGCUUCCGGUCCUCCAGCCCCAGUGUAGAAUCAGAAGGGGGAAGCCACCUUCUGGAAGAGGACUCCGAAGUCUUCAAGAUGCUGCAGGAAAAUCGUGAGGGGCGGGUGGCCCCCCGGCAGUCCAGCUCCUUCCGGUUAUUGCAGGAAGCCUUGGAAGCUGAAGAGAGAGGUGGCACGCCUGCCUUCCUGCCCAGCUCACUGAGCCCCCAGGCCUCCCUGUCCACUGGCAGAGCCCUGUCCACUUCUCCAAAGCUACACACAUGUGAGAAGUGCAACACCAGUAUCGCGAAUCAAGCUGUGCGUAUCCAGGAGGGUCGGUACCGCCACCCAGGCUGUUACGCCUGUGCAGACUGCGGCCUGAACCUGAAGAUGCGCGGGCACUUUUGGGUAAAGGAUGAGCUGUACUGUGAGAAGCAUGCCCGCCAGCGAUACUCGGCACCCUCCACUCUCAGCUCCCAGGCUUGA